AAAAAUAAAAAGAAAAAUAAAAGAAUGGCUUCAGGAGCAGCCCCUUGUAGUGAACAGCGUUCUUCGACUGGGAAAGCGGAAAAAACUGCCGUAGGGAGAGGCAGACGAGGAGCUAUUAUGAAUCCAUUGGGGACAGGUCAUUGUGAAGUUUGUGUUGUUUGUGGUGACGCAGCCUGCAAUCACCAUUAUUAUGGUGUCCCAGCUUGUCACGGAUGCAAAUGCUUCUUUUGGCGAUCCAUCAAAAAUAAAAUGAAAUAUAUCUGCCGAGUUGAUGGCCAUUGUGAUAUAAAUCCAAAUUAUCGAAAUGCUUGCCGUUAUUGUAGACUGCAGAGGUGUUUAAAGGCUGGAAUGCAACCAGAAGCUGUUAGAAUGCCUAAAAAGUCUUCGGAAGUUGAGGAGGAUUUGGCAAAAAUGGAAAAAGAAAUAUGCAAAGAAUCGAAAGAAUUUUCAGUUUCUCUAGACAAUGCUGGAUGUUGUCCUCUUUGCCACCAACAGCCAAAGGAAGUUCUAGCCCUUGAAGAUAAAAACGAAUUUAAUUUAUCACCAAAGAAAAAUCAAAAUAAAAUAGAAAAUUAUUUGGAAACACAAAAACAUCACGUGGAUAGUAACGAAGAGAAAUGCCAGUUUUUAAUUAAAAAAUUAAUUGAGGCAGAAAUGACAAUAAACGAAGUUGUUGAUUUUAGCGAGAAUGAAGCCCCUAAAAGGGAAAUUCAUUUGGAGAGUAUUUUUGAAUAUCCUCAAAUUUUGGAUAGAUAUAGAACACAGGUUAAUUAUUGUGUUAGACUUCGACGUGUGACCGAAGAGGAAAUGGAAUUUUGCAAGUACCGUUCACUAACAAAAGUUGUCGAUUACAUCAAUUAUUUGUCCUCAAUUAAUUUAAACGAAAUUAUGGAGAAAACAACUUUUAAAAGUCAAAAUUCUUUUUUAAGCGAAUCCUUGUCUGUUCAGGAUAAGAUUGUUUUGCUCCGUUAUGGUUUUGCUCCACUAGUUCUGUUUGAUAUUGCUUUUGGGACUAUAUCAGUUACUAAAGAUACUCAAAAUUUGCUUUGUUUGCCAACGGGGAUUACUCUGUGUGCUGGGGAGACGAUCGUUCCCAACAGUUUUAUAACACAACAAAUUGUCAGUAAAAGUAUAAGUUCACUAGUUCGAUUACUUGAUGAAUUAAAAAUGGAUCAAGAAGAGUUUAUUUUAAUGAAAUUAAUAAUUGUUUUGGGAAUGGAUUCGGCUAGUGGAGAAGAUAAUAAUGAAGGAGGGGGAGGGGGAAGUACAACAACAACAACAACUUCUUCCUCCCUCCUUUCCCCAAAAAUUACUCAAAAAGAUUUUAAUAACCCUCCUCAAUUACUUUCAAGUAAUGGAAGACUUUUUGUUGAAAAAUUGAGAGAUUCUGCACAUUCAGCACUUUAUAGUCAUUCACCACAAAAAUCAGCUUCUGUUAGUCCAUCAGAGGCUGCUCUUCGUUUCGCCAAACUUUUACAUAUUUUGCCUAAAUUAACGGCAAGUUUUAUUUAUUUGGAAAUGAAGGAUAUACCUAAUUCCUUUUUUAAGAGAAAAAUUAAAAAAGAAGUAUUUAGGCUACUUUCUCGUGACCUAAUAGAAAAUAUCCGGAUGGUACACACAUUUCCAAGUACUCGUUCACGACCUACAGACCCGUUAUUUUUUGAUUUAUUUGGAGAUAUAUUUCAACCAAACAAAAAACAAAAUAAUUUAAAUUCCCCCCAACAAUUUACUAUUCAAAACACUCCCCACCACCAACAACAAAUUAAUAAUUAUUUUGGGGAGGGAAAUAAUGUUGUCCAAAAACAACAACAAAAUAAUUUAAAUGAUUAUGGGGAAAGACAAUUUCAAAAUGAUCUCAUCUCUACUAGAAUAAAACGGGAUUUUAUGUGGUGGCAAAAUGAAAAUUUUUAG